CCAAAUAUCGACUUAUAAUCAGCUGAGUUGUGUUUUCUUGUGUUUUGCCAAAUGUGAAAUGUUUGUUUAGUUGUUAAAAAAUAGUGAAAAAUAGUUAAGGAUAUGAGAGAGUCAUUACUUAUUGCUUACUUUGUGCUAACAAUUAUGCCAUCGCAACAACAGAAAGAUUUGCUAACAACGCCCAUUGUCGGAAUUGAACUGAGGGAUGGGGGGUAUCAUAGAGACCUUAUCUACACUGUGCAAUUCGAUUAUCCAUUGGCUGGUAAGAACUGCGAGUAUAUUUUACAGCAAUCUCUGCCAGCAUCUGUGUACAUAAGUGUUGACCAACUGGAUGAUCUUGUUAGAAAGAAGAAGCUUGAUGCUAUAUAUCCAGGCUAUGUGGAUAUUGAAAAACCAACCGAAGAAUCCAGUGAUUUUGAAAUAUUCAUAAAAGGAUCGACCAAAGUGUCAGACACAGUAACAUUGCCUAUUCAUUUUCGGUACCAUGCACCUAAUGAUGAAAACUCUUUCAUUCCAGUUGAUCUUAUAGCGCCAGCAGCAAUGUAUAUAAAAUGCCCCAUCCCUGAAGAACAGGAUCUAGUGGAGCGCAAAUUAGAAAUCGAAUCGAAUACAAUCUAUUGCUUGGACGAGUCAGUUCCCGCCAUCCGAGAGUAUAUAAAGAGGGACAUAAAUGUGAGGAGUUCCGGUGUGUGCAACUGGAAACUUGUCAAUAUAGCAUUACAAAUAAAAUCAUCUUUACAUGCAGAAAUACCCAUAGGCAAUGUUAGUGCUCAUCCAACUGUCCUAUACCUAACAAUCAUUAUCAGUUGGGCUGUAUCCCUAUGGACAAUAUUUCGAACAAGGCACAUACCGAUUCUAAUCAACGAAAAGUUGGAUGAGCAACGUUUACUGCAGAGAAAAAUCAAGUAGUUGUUAGCAAAUUGCAUGAUGAAAAUUGGUUGACACGUUUUUAUAUAUAUGUAGUUAUGUUAUAAUUUUAUUAGUCAUUUUGUAAUUGUUCUUAAUUAAUUUUACCAUACGUGAUACAAAAUAAAAUUACACCGUACACGAGAGUUAGUGUUUCGUGUGAAUGAA